AUGUCGGUUGAGUUUGCUACCAAUCCUUUUGGCGAAGCCAAAAUUGCAACUUCACUGCCAAAGUAUGGUACACCCGUAACUGCCAUUUCAUCUGUGCUGUUCAAUAACGUGGACUCCAUUUUUGCUUACAAGUCCUUUUCUCAACCUGAUUUGCUACAUCAAGAUCUAAAAAAAUGGUCUGAAAAGAGUGGUAACGAAUCAUGUGGUAAGACCUAUUUCCAAGAGCUAGAUAUCAGAUCUGGUGCUGGUUUGGCUCCUUUAGGAUUUUCCCACGGAUUGAAAAAUACUACUGCGAUUGUUGCCCCAGGGUUUUCGCUACCAUACUUCAUCAACUCUUUGAAAACCGUCCCACAUAAUAGUAAGUUUCUUUUGAAUGUUGGUGCUUUAAACUACGACAAUGCUACCGGCUCUGUCACCAACGACUACGUGACCGCAUUAGAUGCUGCUUCCAAGCUGAAGUAUGGUGUCGUAACUCCGAUUUCCACUAAUGAGGUGCAAAGUGUGGCUUUACUAGCAUUGGCGAUUGCCACUUUCAGUAAUAGUUCUGGAGCUAUCAACUUAUUUGAUGGAUUAAACUACUCAAAAACCGUCAUACCGUUGGUCGAAUCUGUUCCUGAAGCCUCUAUCUUGGCAAAACUAUCCAAAGUCAUCGCACCAGAUGCUGCCUUUGAUGAUGUUUUGGACAAGUUUAAUGAAUUGACCGGAUUGAGACUACAUAAUUUCCAAUAUUUUGGUGCUCAGGAUGCUGAAACUGUGUUUAUCACUUACGGGUCUCUGGAAUCCGAGUUAUUCAACUCAAUAAUUAGUGGUAAUAAUUCCAAAAUCGGGUUAAUCAACGUCAGAGUACCAUUACCUUUCAACGUGGCUAAGUUUGUCACACAUGUUCCAUCCACUACCAAACAAAUUGUUGUUAUAGGUCAAACUUUGGACGGUUCUUCGCCUUCUUUCUUGAGAUCUCAAGUUUCAGCUGCCUUAUUUUACCACGGUCGCACGUCAAUUAAUGUCUCCGAGUACAUUUACCAGCCAGACUUCAUUUGGUCUCCAAAUGCUGUUAAAUCUAUUGUCUUGUCAUUUAUACCUGGAUUCACCUACGAUACCGACUCAUCUUUCGGUGAAGGAUUCAUUUAUUGGGCGUCUGAUAAAAGUAUUAAUAUUGAUGUUGCCUCCAAACUUGUGAAGGCUUUGUCUUUGGAAGAUGGGAAGUACGUGUCUUUAAGAACAAAGUUUGAUAACUUGGCUAAUGCUGGCACCUUCCAGGCUCAAUUUGUUACCUCAAAGAAACAAAUACCCAUGUCAAACAUCGAUUCUACAAAAUUAUCAAUUGUAGAAAAUGCUAGUUUAUUGAAGCAUUUAGACGUAGCUGCUACCGUCGUGGAACAAGGCUCUAUUGCGUUAGUUUCCCAAAAGGCGGUUAAAGAUUUGGAUUUGGAUUCUGUAGAAAGUUAUAUCAAGAAUUUGGGCAUUCCUGAAUCAUUUCUAAUUUCUAUUGCUAAGAAAAACAUCAAAUUGUUUAUCAUCGAUGCCGAGACCAUUAAUGACGAGUCGAAAUUGUCAUUAUUUACUCAAGCUGUUUUCUGGAAAUUGGUGUUUAAUCUAGAUGUCGCAGAAUGUACCAACCGUAUCUGGAAAAGCAUUGAUUCAGAUGCCAACAUUUCAGCAGCUUCAAUUUCUGAAUUUCUCACUGCUGCAUUCAAAAAUUCCAUCAGAGAGGUUCCAUCAGCAGUGUACACCAAAUUUUCCGAAAUCACCAUUGAAAAGAAGGAUGAUGAGAAAGAGCCCGCAGCUUUACCAAUUUUCGUUAAUGAGACAUCUUUUGUCCCAAAUCAAAGUACUGUUGAAGAAAUACCAUUACCUGAGACGUCUGAGAUCUCUGACAUUGCCAAAAAGUUGUCCUUUAAGGAAGCAUAUGAAGUUGAAAAUGAACUAAGACCUGAUUUGCCUGUCAAGAACUUCGUCGUGAAAGUUAAAGAAAAUAGACGUGUUACACCCGCUGAUUAUGAUAGAUAUAUUUUCCACAUUGAAUUUGAUAUUUCUGGUACUGGAAUGACUUAUGACAUUGGUGAAGCCCUCGGUAUUCAUGCCAGAAACAAUGAAACUUUAGUCAAAGAAUUCCUACAAUUUUAUGGUCUAAAUGAAUUCGAUAUUGUCUUAGUCCCAAACAAGGACAACCAUCAUUUAUUGGAAACAAGGACCGUUCUACAGGCGUUUGUGGAGAAUUUGGAUAUUUUUGGGAAACCACCAAAGAGAUUUUACGAGUCGUUGAUUCCAUAUGCCACUAACGAAGAUGAGAAGAAAAAGUUGGAGGAUCUGGUUACUCCUGCUGGUGCAGUAGAUUUGAAAAGAUUUCAAGAUGUGGAGUAUUAUACGUAUGCCGAUAUCUUUGAAUUAUUUCCAUCCGUUCGUCCAGCUCUUGAGGAACUCGUUACUAUAAUCGAGCCGUUGAAGAGAAGAGAAUACUCUAUCGCCUCCUCUCAGAAAGUUCAUCCAAAUGAAGUUCAUUUGUUGAUCGUCGUUGUCGAUUGGGUGGAUAAUAAGGGCAGAAAAAGGUACGGCCAAGCUUCUAAGUAUAUUUCAGACCUGGCUGUCGGUUCAGAAUUGGUCGUCAGCGUUAAACCAUCUGUUAUGAAAUUACCCCCAUCUCCAAAGCAACCUGUUAUCAUGAGUGGUUUGGGUACUGGUUUGGCUCCAUUCAAGGCCAUUGUUGAAGAGAAAUUAUGGCAAAAGCAGCAAGGUUAUGAAAUUGGUGAAGUUUUCCUAUACCUAGGUUCAAGACACAAAAGAGAGGAAUAUCUAUACGGUGAAUUAUGGGAGGCUUACAAAGAUGCAGGUAUUAUUACGCACAUCGGUGCUGCUUUCUCAAGAGACCAACCACAAAAGAUUUAUAUCCAAGAUCGUAUUAAAGAGAAUUUGGAUGAAUUAAAGACUGCAAUGAUUGAUAAUAAAGGUUCCUUUUACUUGUGUGGUCCUACCUGGCCUGUUCCAGAUAUUACUCAAGCUUUGCAAGAAAUCCUGGCUAAAGACGCUAAAGAGAGAGGCGUUAAAGUCGACUUGGAUGCCGCGAUUGAAGAAUUAAAGGAGACAUCAAGAUACAUCUUAGAAGUCUACUAG